ACACAUGAUGAGGAUGAGAGUGACUCAACAUUCAGGUGCGGCGGCCUCCGAUGGGCGGAUCUGAUCCCUGUGGCCGCUGGGACGCUGUCCGAACUUCCCCAAACCAAUCGGAUACUACUGCCGAAAACUACUGCAGGACACGCUGACUGACCAGCCCAGCAGUAACUUUAGCCAAGUCCUCCAUAUUUUUUUUCCCGGAACGUGUUGUGUUUUUAGGGAGCAAGGUGCUGAUAGGAUCAUAUCUCACUUGUAUACCAGCAUUCACAGGGAGUGGACUUUCAAAGCGAAGGAAACUACCAGUGCCUGCAUGUAUUGGUUCAACUGUCAACAUGGGAUCACAGCGAGCGAGAUGCAAUCUACAAAUCUGGAAAAUCAAGAUUUAGAGACGGAAGCUACAUCUCAAACAAUCCACCUUGUUUUCUACAUGACUUGUUUCCUAAUACACUUAUAACUUGGCCUUAUCAGAACAAUCAGCUAUUAAUUUGAUAUUUGAUAUUUAACCAAAGCUAUGUGGUAAUCUGUUUGAACGCAGGGCGAGUCAACAAAGUAAAUAACACGUCAAUUUUAAUCAUAUAUUCUUAAUGUGGACAAAAGCAAUGCAAAUAUUACAAUUGCUAAUUUAAAUAGUAUUUUUAGGUUAUCUAGGAAUAUUGCAUUGUGGGAGCAAAUGUAGUGCAAGCAAUACCAUAUAAAUAAAAUCCAAAUGUCCGCUGUAUGUAAUAAACAACGAAUGCAAUUAGCGUAUAGUUGGUUGUAAGGACCUUUCGUUGGUGCUGAUGCUGAUGAUUCCAAGUUGGGAUUCUAAAGAUAACUGGAAAGACAAUCAUAUGAUGCUUACAGUAUUUCACCCAAAACACCCUGCACUGAACAUCCUGGCACUUUAAGAUCUUUCACAAGUGAAAGUCGAACAGAGGAAUGGCUGGAAAAGACUACCAUCAUCUUUUCAAGCUGCUCAUCAUUGGUGACUCCAAUGUUGGGAAAAGCAGUUUGCUUUUACGGUUUGCAGACAAUUCAUUCUCUGGAAGUUACAUAACUACUAUUGGAGUUGACUUUAAGAUCCGAACUGUAGAGAUUGACGGAGAAAGAGUUAAACUCCAGAUCUGGGACACUGCAGGGCAGGAAAGGUUUAGAACCAUCACUUCCACGUAUUACAGAAAUACGCAUGGUGUCAUCAUCGUUUAUGAUGUUACAAACCCUGAAUCAUUUGUGAAUGUGAAAAGAUGGUUAAACGAGAUCUCACAGAAUUGUGAUAAUGUCUGCAAGAUUUUAGUGGGAAACAAGAAUGAUGAUCCUUCUAAAAAGCUUGUGGACACCCAAGAUGUGCUGCGCUUUGGAGAGUCGGUUGGUGUAAAAUUAUUUGAGACAAGCGCUAAAGAAAACAUCAACGUAGAAGAGAUGUUCAUGGCUUUCACUCACAUGGUCCUUCGGGCAAAGAAACAGAGCCAGAGUCGAGCAGAAAGAGAAAGGGAGAGAGAAAAAGACACUGUCAAUAUCAAUUCCCACAGAGACAGAGAGAGGAGGAAGAAAGGGAAGAAAUGCUGUUAGAGCACAAGUCCUGAAAAAAAGACAGACAGGACAAAUCAAACAACUUUAUCAUCAAUGGUCCAGAGGCACACAUUUUGUUUUAAGUUGACAUGCACCUAGUAUCAAAUAGAAAGAAAGAAAAAAUAACCGAUUAAGUGCUGAACAUCACUUUCAGUGUUUGUUUUACACAUUUUGUACUAGAGGGGAAUUUACCGCCAUUGGUUUACACUGGUAUCGAACAUCUGGUCCAGGAAAGACACUAUAUACAAACUUGUUAUGUGUUUUAACUGUGAUUAGUAAGAUAUGUUUGUGUUGGAUUAAAACGAUUUAGUAUAUGUCCAUAAUGUACGCAAAUAAUAAAUUCGCAAUAAAAUCACAAAUGCCACAGCAAUGCUCAUUUUUAACAAGUUGCUUUUGUGAAAGAGGCUGUUGCCUGAACUCAUUGUCAUUUGUCCUACUCUACUAACAAUUUCAAUUUGAAUGUUACUCUCGUGUAUGUAUGUAUGUAUGUAUAUUAUUAAAUAAAAU